UAAUUAUUACCACUUCAUAAGUAGCUCUUUCCAUGUGAACACACCCAAAAACACACACACACAGUCAAGAAAGAAACUGUGCGAUUCCCGGAAAACCUGUUUGCCUUGCACUUGUCACCCAUGCAUCUUCUUUUCUCUCUCUAUAUCUCACACUCUCUCUCUCUACAAUCUAGACUCUCAGCAAAUGUUUAUUCUCAUUCUAAGUAACAGAACUCUAACAUCUGUAUAGCAAAAAAAAAAAGAUGACUUAUCAGAGGACAAAUCUUUGUUAUCUGACACUGAUUAUAGGUGUUGUGUUGGUGGGUUGUGUUGCUUUGGGGACAUCUCUGAACCGAGACGGCGUCGUCUUGCUCCGGGUCUUCGAUGAGCUCCACGACCCUGAUGGUAACCUCCGGGACUGGGUUGAGACGGGUCAGAGCACUCCUUGCAAUUGGACUGGCAUUACCUGCCAAAACGGCGCCGUGGUUGCCAUUGACCUAAUCAGUCUAAACAUCUCCGGCGGCUUUCCGGCGGGCUUUUGCCGGAUUCCUACUCUCCGAAAUCUCACUCUGGCUGAUAACAACUUCGAAGACACUCUCUCCUCUGACUCCAUCUCAUUCUGCUCUCACCUCCAUUUAGUGAAUCUCUCUUCCAACCUUUUCGGCGGCGAAUUACCGGAGUUAUCGCCGGAAUUUUUCAACUUGAGCUCGCUCGAUCUCAGCCGGAACAACUUCUACGGCGAUAUUCCGGCCAGUUUCGGCCGGUUUCCGGCGCUUCAAGUACUCAAUCUGAACAGUAACCUAUUCAAUGGCUCAAUCCCCGAGUUCUUGACCAAUCUCACUGAGUUGACUGUGUUAUCACUCGCUUACAAUCCUUUCACACCAGGUCCUUUGCCUUCAACAAUCGGAAAGCUAAAGAAGCUUGAGAAUAUAUUUCUUGCGAGUUCAUUCCUCAUCGGAGACAUACCGGAGUCAAUCGGAGACCUCGUUGCUCUGCAAAAUCUCGAUCUCUCCGACAACCAACUUUCCGGCGAAGUUCCGGAUUCCAUUGGUGGAUUGAAGAGCGUGGUUCAAAUCGAGCUCUUCAAGAAUCAACUCUCAGGUGAAUUGCCUGACGUAUUCGCCAAUCUGACUUCACUGCUCCGAUUCGACGCCUCCGAAAACAAUCUCACCGGAAAAUUUCCACAAAGUCUCGCCAGUUUGCAUCUCCAAUCACUCAAUAUCAAUGACAACAAUCUCGAAGGCGGAAUUCCAGAAUUUGUAGCUUUAAGCCCUAAACUCACUCAAUUGAAGCUCUUCAAUAAUAGGUUUUCUGGUACUUUGCCGGUGAAUUUAGGUUUGAAUUCAGAGUUGGAAGAAUUUGAUGUCUCUGGUAACCAAUUUGAUGGUGUAUUGCCUCCGAAUCUCUGUCACAGAAGGAAACUUCAACGUCUCGUCAUUUUCAACAACAAAUUCUCAGGUACGAUUCCAGAGUCCUACGGUGACUGCGAUUCGAUGAAUUACAUUCGUGUAUACACCAAUCAACUCUCCGGAGAAAUACCAGUUCGUUUCUGGAAUUUCUCUGGACUUGAAUUCAUUGAUCUCGGUAACAACAGAUUUGAAGGCUCUGUUUCUCCUUCAAUCGCCGGCUCUCAUGGCCUAACACAAUUGCUGAUCUCCGGCAACAACUUCUCCGGCGAGUUUCCAGCUCAAAUUUGCAAUUUGAAGAAACUCGCAGUCAUCGAUGCGAGCAGAAAUCAAAUUUCCGGUGAAUUGCCUUCGUGUAUAACCAAGUUGAAGAAGUUACAGACUCUUGAUCUUCGAGAUAACGCGUUUACUGGUGAAAUUCCGAGCACUGUGAGUCCUUGGAGAGAGCUUACAGAGCUGAAUUUAGCUAAUAACAAGCUCACCGGAAAAAUUCCGAGUGAGCUCGGGAAUUUACCGGUGUUGACGUAUUUAGAUCUCGCCGGGAACUCACUUUCCGGUGAUAUUCCAGCGGAGUUGACCAAGCUGAAGCUAAACAAGUUCAAUGUCUCUGACAACAAACUUGGAGGCAAAGUCCCUGUUGGCUUCAACCAGGAGUUUUUUCUACGGAGCCUAAUGGGUAACCCGAAUCUGUGCAGUCCGGAUCUCAAACCACUCCCUUCAUGCUCCAAACGCAAACCCGUUAGCUUCUACAUCGUAUGGAUCCUAGCCGCCUUGGCUGCACUACUUGUCGGGUCACUUGCCUGGCACUGGCUCCACAAGACCGGAAAAUUGAAAUUGUUUGGAGGAAGAAGCAAGCGUUUGUGUAAUAUUACCUCAUUCCAACGGGUCGGAUUCAACGAAGAAGAAAUAGUGGUCCCUUUGACGGAGGAUAACCUUAUCGGCAGUGGAGGUUCGGGUCGGGUUUACCGGGUGAAGCUCAAGACUGGGCAAACUGUGGCGGUGAAGCGGCUGUGGGAUGGUAACCGGCAGCCAGAAUCGGACAUUGUGUUCCGGGCGGAGGUGGAGACGCUGGGGAGGAUCCGGCAUGGCAAUGUAGUGAAAUUGUUGUCUAGUUGUAUUGGGGAGGAUCUUCGGGUUCUGGUUUACGAGUACAUGGAAAAUGGGAGCUUGGGUGACGUGCUGCAUGGAGAGAAGGGUGGGGUGGUGUUGGAUUGGGCCAAGAGGUUUGGGAUCGCGGUCGGGGCAGCGAAGGGGCUGGCCUACCUGCAUCACGAUUGCGUGCCGCCUAUCGUGCACCGGGAUAUCAAGUCUAACAACAUACUGUUGGAUGAAGAGUUUAGGCCUUGUCUGGCUGAUUUUGGGCUGGCCAAGACAUUGCAGCAAGAUGUGAAUGAGGGGGAUGGUGUCAUGUCUCGUAUUGCUGGUUCCUAUGGCUACAUUGCGCCAGAGUAUGGCUACACAAUGAAAGUGACUGAUAAGAGUGAUGUGUAUAGCUUCGGUGUGGUAUUGCUGGAACUAGUCAUCGGCAAGAGGCCAAAUGACUCGUCAUUUGGGGAGAACAAGAACAUUGUGGCGUGGGUUACAGAGGCUGCAUUAUCAUCCCCAGAGCAAGGAAGUGGCACCGAUGGGAGUUUUUCUGCAGAUUUGAGUCGGCUUAUAGACCCAAGAAUGAGCCCACCAUCGACAAGCGAUUUUGAAGAGAUCGAGAAGGUUUUGAAUGUGGCUCUUCUUUGCACUUCAGCAUUUCCCAUGAACAGACCUUCCAUGCGAAGGGUUGUCGAAUUACUUAAGGGUCACUCAUCAGUUCGUUCGAAGCAAUGUACUUAAAUUGUAGCAGUUAUUAGGUCUCCUAGACAUUGGCUUGUUGCGGGUGGCAUCCAAUUUUUGUGUGAUUGUAUUUAUGCCAAUGUGAUGUACUCAUACAAGUAGAAGUUUGAAUAGCCUAGUUAGUUUUGUGCCAAGAGGUCCAAUUAUCCAAGACAGCUUGAAUAGCCAAAAGUCAGACAUCUUAAUAUUUCAUAUUUAGGCUCCUUUGUUUGGAUCUAAAA